AUGCCGUUCUUAGAAGCAAUAAGAUACCCUUCACAGGCACGUGCACGAACACCGACCAACGACAGACCUAGAAGCCAUUGGGACAGACCUCUAAACCAUGAUCACACCUUGCAAUCUGUUCUGUCAGAUCCUACUGGUGCAGAAAGGACACAAAGGACGGGACUGAGUUUUGUGGAUGAGUUCUCCGAUGUAAACCUGAGAAGUGCUAUGACUCCGCAUUUUCAGCAGACCGUGCAAGAUAGGGAGGCUCUGGAAAGGGUAUGGAGGUCUAAGAAGCCAAUUGCCUUUCCUAAGGCUGACAAUGUACUAUUGGAUUCGGAAGCCGUUGCUGCAUCUGUCUCUACCUUCCCACAUCCACUCCCCGAACGACUAAAUGCCUUCACAAAAGCUGGACGCAUCAAACUCGCAAGCGACGAUCAGCUACCUUUCAAUCGCCAACGCGCUCUUUCCGACGUCACCGAGACAAUUGACCAGCAGGCCCCGAUCCAGCUCAGCCCGCAGUCCCAUCAAAAUUGGCGCGACAACAAUUCGAAAGUACAUGCCAUGCCACACAAUCCCAGACUGCAGCGAGCUCCCUUUUUCCCCAGAAAUCACGGAUUUCCAGAACGCGCCACAACCCAGGGCGACAAGGUCGAGCUGAGUGGCACUGCAAAGGCUCAAAAAGCGCGAAGUGAGUCACCCCAAGUUCCUCCUCAAACACUCCACAAGUCUCGUGCAGGCUCAGUUCUAGGUCGACUCCAGGAAGUGGGAGCCAGUGCUUCUGAACCAGACUUGACCGUGCAAUCGUUGGCUACCACUGAUACCUCAUCUGAUAUCUGGGCCCAACCAAACCCUGAUCGACCCAUGCAAUCAAUUGAGCGAGACACUCGGUUUCCCAACAGACAUGAAGAAUAUGAAUCUCCCGAAAAGAGUCGUAAACUCGACUUUGAUUUCACUGGUCAUUCCUUUCAGGUCUCCGACAGUCCUCCAGUUCGUACUAAGAGUACAAUUCCCGACUACCAACGGAAUCGAGAAAUCCAGGGCCUCGCUAAACGAGCUGUGACUACUAAUAGGCUUAGUCAGCUCAGAGUUCGUGAGUCUCAGGAAGCCUUGAGACAGGUAUCGAAAUCACCCAUCUCCGAUGCAGGUACCGAAACUGCACCAGACAGAGACUCUACCCAAACUGGUCAGACACCGAUAUCCAAAUCAGCCAACGGAAACAUCGAUCGAGUAUCAAACGAGCCUUCUAGACCAUCAUCUUUAGAGAGAUCAACGUCGCAUGACAUCCUGCAAAGGUUAGCAAGAGGAUCUAGCAGUACUCUAAGGUCAACCACUCCAUCAGAAAGUACCAUUAAUGGUAGCAUUGUUGGCGCUGAUAACAAGGACCAAAGGUAUAACCUACACGAUCGAGCUGAUGCCUCACUUGAGAAAGCAGACAACAAACCCAAUGGUCUCAAAGAUGGAAGGCCUGCUACAGUGGCCACAACACCACGAGUCACAGGCGCCUGGACUGACACGAUACUUCCUGAUACUGUUAAGACCACAAGGCAACCCAAAAACGUGUCGCGCUAUGCUCAAACGCCCCAUAUCAGCGCAGGUGGUUGGGUAGAUACCCCAGCCCCAAACGGACAGCAACAGAAGCUAGAUCCGGUGGUGGAAGAUACUCAAGAUGUUCCAGAAGACUUGAUGAAUGGCAUUGUUAAGGAAAGUGCCAGUGAUGAGACGAUCAUGCCUAAGGAAGGUCGUGAUGGCGAGCCUAAUCACAAGGUUGAUGCUGGUGAGAGCAUUGCACGGAAAGUCCUCAAUGAAGCAAGAGGAAGGCAUCCUCGUCCUCAAGCAGAUCAAGCACUAAGUCAAGCAGACGAUUCGUUAAUGCUAGGCAACACCACGAUACAGUCACUAGAGUAUGUGCUCGAUCGAGACGAAACAGACAUGACGAUCAGAUCACAAAUACCACAAACGGACACUGAAGUGCUCGGCAGACUCGGGAACAAGCUCGAAAGUCUAGCCAAGCACAUUCGUGACGCCACGAAGGGAGUCACAGAGCUGGAACAUCAGAUCUCACAUCCCAUGGGAGAAGGCUCGUCCAUCACGCAAGAUACCGAUCUCAGUACGAUGUCCUCCGCAUUGCACAUACAAAGACCAAUCUUGUAUCACAAGCGAAAAGCAGACCAGCGUCUUGCAAGACCUACCAACUUCAGCUGGAUCCUUCUCAGCAUAUUAUCCUGGUACUUCUUCGAAAAUCUUUUUGCAGAGCUCUAUGCUCAUCCGCGAUAUGCUAGCCAGUAUACCUGGCCGGAUCGACCUGAACCAGAAUUCCCGUUCGUGUUACCUACUAUGAUAUCGCGAUGGAGUCGGUUAGAGAUCCUUCAUCCUUGGAUUGUGAAGCCAUUGCAGAGCGUCUUUGUGAUGCUGGUUAGGAUGUGUGGAAUUUGGCUGGGUGUGACGGAUGGAGUCCUGGCUUUGUAA